AUGUCGGUUCAGACCGUGUCGUUGACCCCCUUUCAGGACCAGAAGCCUGGCACUUCUGGUCUUCGUAAAAAGGUCGUUGUCUUCCAGCAGCCCAACUACACCGAGUCCUUCGUCACCAGCAUCCUGCUCUCCAUUCCCGAAGGCGUCGAAGGUGCCUUCCUCGUCAUCGGCGGUGACGGUCGCUACCACAACCCAGAAGUCGUUCAGACAAUUGCCAAGAUCAGCGCUGCCUAUGGUGUGAAGAAGCUCCUGGUAGGACAGAAUGGCAUUCUGAGCACCCCGGCUGCCAGCCACCUGAUUCGCAAGAGGAAAGCUACGGGCGGUAUCUUGCUCACCGCUAGUCACAACCCUGGAGGACCCACCGAGGAUUUCGGUAUCAAAUACAACCUCGCCAAUGGCGCUCCGGCUCCUGAAUCUGUCACCAACAAGAUCUAUGAGACCUCAAAAUCUCUGACCUCGUACAAGAUUUCCCAGUUGCCAGAUGUCGAUCUUACCAAGAUUGGCACUCAGAGCUAUGGACCACUCGAAGUGGAAGUUGUCGACUCGGUCACUGAUUACGUGGACUUCUUGAAGGAGAUCUUUGAUUUCGACCUGAUCCGCGGCUUUUUGAAUACCCACCAGGACUUCAAAGUGUUGUUCGAUGCUAUGCAUGGUGUUACUGGACCUUAUGGUGUCCGCAUCUUUCAGAAGGAACUGGGUCUCCCAGCAUCGAGUACCCAGAACUGUGAACCAAAGUCAGAUUUUGGAGGUGGUCACCCAGACCCGAACCUAGUGUAUGCACACGAGUUGGUUGAAGCGGUGGACAAGAAUGGCAUCCAAUUCGGUGCCGCUAGCGACGGCGACGGCGACCGCAACAUGAUUUACGGUGCCAACACCUUUGUGUCUCCUGGAGACAGUCUGGCCAUCAUUGCUCACCACGCAAAACUCAUCCCUUACUUCCGCGACCAAGGUGUGUACGGGUUGGCUCGCUCGAUGCCAACAUCCGGCGCUGUGGACCUGGUUGCCAAAGCUCAGGGCCUGCAGUCAUACGAAGUGCCUACUGGAUGGAAAUUCUUCUGUGCACUCUUUGACAACAAGAAGAUCUCGAUUUGCGGUGAAGAGAGUUUCGGAACUGGCAGCAACCACAUUCGAGAGAAGGACGGUGUUUGGGCUGUUGUGGCGUGGUUGAAUAUCAUUGCCGGUGUGGCCAAAGAGAACCCUAGCCAAACGCCAAGCAUUGCCUCUAUCCAGAACGAUUUCUGGAAGACUUAUGGCCGUACCUUCUUCACUCGCUACGACUACGAGAAGGUCGACAGCGAUGGAGCGAAUAAGGUCAUUGCCGACUUGACCGAGUUGAUCAACAAGAAAGACUCCUUUGUCGGCUCUACAGUUUCUGGCCGCAAGGUCAUCGAUGCUGGCAACUUCUCGUACACUGAUCUUGACGGCAGCGUUAGCAAGAACCAAGGUCUGUACGUCAAAUUUGAAGACGGUAGCCGUAUUGUGGUUCGUCUCUCGGGGACUGGUAGCAGCGGCGCCACGAUCCGACUCUACAUUGAGAAGCACGAGCAGGAUGCAAGCAAGUACGCUGUGCAGACUCAGGAGUACCUCAAGGACAACAUCAAGUCGGCCAUUGAUCUGCUCAAACUUAAGCAUUAUAUCGGACGUGAGGAUCCUGAUGUGAAGACCUAA